AUGAGGCCUCAUUCUCAGUACCCGUUUUCUCUCAUCAUUUUCUCCAUCAUCUUAAUCUUAAUCACAACCGCAAGAACUGAAGAACCAGCGGCCAAAUCCUUCUUAAUCUCAUGCGGUUCUUCCACCGGUGGAACAGAUUCUAACGGAAGAACAUGGUUGCCAGAUUCCAAGUACUUCACAACACCUUCUUCCAUUGACACAAAGAAUUCAACAGCAAAACAACAAGACCCUUCUCUUCCUUCACAAAUACCAUACAUGUCUGCAAGGAUCUUCACUUCUUCUUCAUCAACUUUCCGGUUCCCUGUUUCACCAAACACACGCCACUAUAUUCGACUCCACUUUUACCCUUCCACCUACGAUUCUUCUCUUGAUCCAAACAACUCAUACUUCUCCGUCGACGCAAAUGGCUUCACUCUGCUCAACAAUUUCAGUGCCUACCUCACAGCAAAAGCUCUCGCAAAAGCCUACUUCAUCAAGGAGUAUUCUCUCGUCCCUGCAGAAUCAGGUAAACUCAGCAUCACGUUCACACCGUGUUCCAAACGCCAUGGAUCAUACGCUUUCAUCAAUGGCAUUGAAGUUAUUGCUAUCCCUGACUUGUUCACUCAACCACCACCUCUGGUUUCAACUCACCAAUCGAUUUCUGUUGCCAACUCGUCGUUGCAAACCAUGAUUCGGUUGAACGUUGGUGGACAAUACAUUUCCCCCGACAGAGAUUCCGGUGGUCUUAGCAGAACAUGGUACGAUGAUUCACCUUACUUGUUCGCCGCAGCCUUAGGUGUCACUGCUGUGGCGGAUAAGAAUCUUACGAUUCAAUACUAUUCCGAUCUUCCAGAAUACAUUGCUCCUAAGGAUGUUUACGCCACCGCAAGAACAAUGGGUCCUGAUAAUCGAGUGAAUCUGAAUUAUAACCUCAGUUGGGUUUUUCAGGUUGAUGCAAAUUUCACCUACAUUGUGAGGCUCCAUUUUUGUGAGCUGUUUUUCACCCGAAAUAAUCAAAGAAAGUUUAACAUUUACGUUAACAACCAAACUGCACUGGAGGGUGCUGAUGUUUAUGAGUGGACUCAAUCCAAAGGUGCUCCCAUUUAUCAAGAUUUUGUCACUUUUGUUGUGGAUGUACCUGGUGUUGAUGAUCAAGAAUUGUGGGUGGAAUUGCAUCCCGCUGUGAAAACAAAGCCACAGUAUUACGAUGCAAUUCUUAAUGGAUUGGAGAUAUUCAAGAUCAAUGACAGCAGUGGAAACUUGGCAGGGAAAAAUCCUACCCCAUCAAAGUUGCUUCUUGAUUCCGAAGCUAAGAAAGGUAACAAAAAACAUAAUAAUCUUGCUGCAAUCAUUGCUACUGGAUUGGUUCUUCUUGUUGCAGCUUUAUGCUUACUUGUUUACCUUAGAAAGAAGAGAAAGGGUGAUAGAAAUGAAACUGUUCUUGGUAAUUGGUUGGCCAUACAUGACUCGCCGAACACAACGACUGAAUGUGGCCACCAUAAGAGUGGUGCUGGUUGUAGUAUUUCAACACAAGGCUUAUUGUGCGAAAACUUUUCAAUGGAGGAGAUUAAACUCGCUACAAACAACUUCGAUGAAUCAAAGGUCAUUGGUGUUGGUGGAUUUGGGAAGGUUUACAAGGGUGUCAUACGAGGAGUGAAAGAAGUUGCUGUGAAAAGAUCUAACCCAUCUUCAAAUCAAGGAAUCAACGAGUUUCAGAAUGAAAUUUACAUGCUUUCAAAGCUAAGACACAGGCAUUUAGUCUCUCUAAUUGGUUUUUGCCAAGAAGAUGGCGAAAUGAUUCUAAUUUAUGAUUACAUGGCCAAUGGGACUCUUCAGCAACACCUCUAUAAGAGUAACAAGCCAUCUUUGCCAUGGAAUCAAAGGCUUGAAAUAUGUAUUGGAGCGGCGAGAGGGCUUCACUACCUUCACACCGGUGCCAAGUUCACCAUAAUUCACCGUGAUGUAAAAACAACAAAUAUCCUUUUGGAUGAAAGUUGGGUAGCAAAAGUCUCUGAUUUUGGUUUAUCCAAAACUGGUCCAAACAUGAAUCAAACCCAUGUCAGCACAAUGGUGAAAGGUAGUUUCGGUUACUUUGAUCCUGAAUACUUCCGCAGGCAACAACUGACAGAGAAAUCUGAUGUUUACUCUUUUGGGGUGGUUCUGUUUGAGGUGUUAUGUGGAAGACAAGCUCUUGAUCCUACGUUGCCAACAGAGCAAGUUAGUUUAGCUGAUUGGGCUUUGAUGAACCUAGAGAAAGGUUCACUUGAAGAUAUCAUUGACCCUCAUCUGCAAGGGAAGAUUAGCAUUGAUUGUUUGAAAAAGUUUGCUGAGAUUGCUGAGAAGUGUUUAUCUGAUAAUGGGCUUGAACGUCCUUCAAUGGGUGAUGUACUGUGGACACUUGAGCUUGCACUUCAGCUGCAGAAGAAUGCUGAUGCGGGAAAACUUGAAGAAAAGAAAAAAGAGAAGGCAAAUGAUGACUCAUGCAUCUUGUUUGAUGACUCAAAUUAUUUUCACAAUAAAAUUGCUAUGACAACAGGAAGAUAA